AUGAAGUUUGCGCAAGAGUUCAAGAGAUCUCUUCAACGAGAAGGAUUCCCUCAGAAAUGGAUUGAUUCGGCCAUACCGUAUGGCCAACUCAAAAAAUGCUUGAAGAAAGUAACCAACGAGCUGCAGUACCUAGGCCUGGACAAAGAUACUUUGGCUCAGCUGGCGGCUGGCGAUGUGGGCUUUCACUACGAGCUCGACGAGGAAACAGGUCAAUCCAAGAAGCAUUUCCGGCCGCGUCUGACCGUCUUUGUUCAUCUUCAGGAUGGUGUGGCCGUUGAUGCAAAGCUCUCGCCCAACACCAGGGAUUUUCUGCUCAGGAUAGCCUCCAAACAAGUAGGCCACCGGGAAGGGUCACCAGAUUCAUCCGCGCGCCGCAGUUUGACUCCCACGAACUAUAAAGAUAUUAGUCACGGAGACGCGUCAGCCAUCGCAGAAGGUCUCUCUGCAGUUCAGCAGGUUGAGGUCUCGCUUGUUUUUGAUGCAGAAUUUUUCGAUAUCCUGCAAACCGACGUUUUAAUCCUCGACACGCUGCAAGAGGAAGAGGAGAAGCGGAUGAAGGGGGAAAUAACCGCCUUGGGUCAAGUCAUCACGCAUACGACCAAGCCUUCCCUAGGUGGAAAGGCGAAGGGUGAUUUGGCCAAGUGGAGGGACAUCUUCGAGCUCUACCUAGAUGCCCGCAUCUUCUUCUCGACGCGCGAAACCGACCACGGCGCGAGAACUAGUACGCAGGCCUUGAAACAAUUACAGUGGUUCCAGGAUGAGGUCCUCAAACGGAAGCUGGUACAAAACCUCAAGCUUGAGGCGAGUCGGGAUGCAUUUAGCCGUUUCCUCAACAUGAACGCUUUCUUAUUGCAGAACCUCAAGUUCCAGGAGAUCAACCAAGUGGCCGUGAGGAAGAUUCUUAAGAAAUUCGACAAGAGAACAGCUUUAGGAGUGGCCAAGACGUUCCCCGUCGUCGUUCACUCCGAUCACCUACUCGCCGGGAGCUUGGCCAAGGAUUUGUGUGCCCAAGUAUCUAGCGAGAUUAUUUCGACCGUUCCGCAACUCGACGACUACCUCUGCCCCAUAUGCUUCGCGGUGGCGUACUGGCCCAUUCGGCUACACUGCGAACACAUCUUUUGUAGCCGCUGUUUGGUCAAGAUGCAGAGGAAAGGCGAAAGAUUCUGUCCUCUAUGUCGGGGUGACGUCAUUAUGCGAGCUGGUUUGGACAACUUCGACACUAAACACGCGGCUUUCUUACGAGAAUAUUUCCCCAAGGAGGUCAAGGAGAAAGUGCGAGCAAAUGAGUUAGAACGUGGAAAGGAGAUCUUUGGACCCGAUUACACCGAUAGACCUUGCUCUGUGAUGUGA